AUGGCUGCCAAAGCUACCGCGAUCGGAUCGGCUACCUGGAUCUCAGCUGAGAAGGAGAACGCCUUGCAGUUGCUGCAAAAUGAGAAAGAGGAGGUGGCAUUUCCUGCGCAACAUCAGCUUGAAUGGCUCAAUGAACACAUGGCCGAGAUCUUCAGCAAGCGCAAUGUCGACGUGUCUAAUGUCUUCAAAACCCCUGGAAAGCUCCGAGGGAAAACUCCCCGGACAGUGAGGAAACGUAAUGCUCAGGAUGCACGAAUACCGUUGAGUGAUGUCUUCUCAUCGCAGCCCCUCCCACGACAGAGCCCUCAGAAGCAUUCAAACAUGAAUCCACCUCACUUUACAAUUGCCCGAGAUGCGAGUCAGCACGUCCAACAUGCCUACAAAUCGCAGACUGAUUCCGGCUAUCACGGCUCGAGUCAAGGCGAUAUCGAGGUGGAGUCGCAGAUACAACCUCCAGUUCCAACAGAUCCUCUGCAUGGACAGGAUACAGAUGACACCACAGACCCCGAACACAGAACUACAGAAGGAUCAUUUCAUUCGGCAAAAGAGGACCAGAUUAACAGGGUUGUAAAUGCAGAGGCUGCUAUAAAUCAUUCCGCGCCUCAAAAUGUGGCGCUGAACGGCGAUGAUACUAUACGGGCUGCGCCAUCUGGUCAUGCACAAGACGAUGGUCAUCAUGACUUUGACGAAAUCGGGUCCCCAUCGGAUGAAUCAACACCUGAGAAACCCUUGGUGAGGAAGAGCAGUUUGACCUUCGCUUCGCUUCCUGCGCGUGAGCCAAUGAAAACGAGCAUUGGUGCCAGAAUGUCACGAACAAGUCACAUUGAUCAGCCACAUCAAGCUGGACCAUAUAGCUCGCGGCAAGCACUGGGCCUGACCCAGACUGGAUCGAAUUUCGCCCAACAUGACAACAAAGAUGCUGUAACGAAUGAAGAGAACAUCGAAAUUCUAGGACAAGAUGAAUUUCCUGGCGAGGCACAGACUUCCCGAAAUCACGCGAAGUCAUCGACACAGAGAUUGCAUGAAAAAAUAGAUAUGCUUGGAAAGGCCACUCAAUCACGUCCAUCCCAAUCAAUUCCACCGGCUGCUACACUGGCUACUCAUAAGCAACCUGAUGCCCCUGACCACCUCGAACGACCAGACAACUGGGAUCUGCUGGGUCAUGACGAUGAUGAUGACUGGAUCAAGCCGUUAAUCUCUCCCGAUGUCGCUGCCUCACCGGCGCCCAAGAGCGUCAGUGCAUACAAUGAGGAAGAUUCGGACGAUGCAGAAUUUGAUGUUCGUGCCCCCGAAUUGAUAGCACACGAAGCACGAAUGAAGACGCCAGCCCGAACGUCUAUGAGCCCCGGGAAAAUGAGGCCUUUGUUCAGCCAUACCAAAGCUGCGUCAACAGCCACUUUGGCAUCCCCUGCCAAGGCGGCAAUGGCACCGCCUACGAGCCCUGGCAAGUCGGUUUCAGUGUCCAACCCUCAAGUUACGACCACCCCGCAAGGCUCCCCCAAACGAUAUCUUGAUCUUAGUGCUUCUAAGUCGAAGCUGCAUUCCAUUAUGAAAACUGCCAAAGGCCUCUUUACUGCUAGUGCUGGCGUGUCCGCCGCGGCCAAGCUGGAGACACUUUCUCCCAAUGCUAUGAUUGCGGCAGCGAAUGCUAUGCCAGGCAUGUAUCCGAACCUCAGCGCUAUGACGGAGGAUAAGCCGUUGCCACCCAGUCCUCCAAAGGCGACAAGGAGGACUCGCAGCUCCACGGAAAAAGAGAAAGAGGAGAGACGAAAGGAGAAAGAUGUUCAGAUCAUGCAAAAGAUGGACGAACAACUAGAGAAAGCUCGCGAAAAGGAGCGGCGGAAGAUAGGAGAACAGCGGAUCGCACAAGAGCAGACCACGAACAAGAACAAGCAGCCAGCUUAUCCAAGUCCAAGACGUCUGGCGGACGAGCCAGUACAACACGAGCCGGCUGAGUAUACGGCAUUGGCAGCCAAACCUGCGCGACCAGGCAGGCCAGCAAGAGAGCCGCCCAUCAAUAAAGCCAAACCGGCUCCUGUGUCUAUUCGAGUUGGGACCCUGUCUCAACGAAUGCCGGCUAAUCCGGCACACUCCGCCGCGAAUGCACAAGAAGUCUUACCUGCUGAGCCCAAGCGUCCAGGGUUGAAUAAAAAGACUAGCACAGCAUCGUUACAGUCUACCACGUCCACCAUUCUAAAAUCAUCAAUGCAUGGUCAGCCACCCAAACCAAGAGCGCUUCUCGCUGCCGAAAGGAAGAAGGAGCAGGACGAACGUGAGGCACAGCGGAAGCUCGAGCAGAAGCGGGAGAUUGAACGCAAGCGAGCCGCACAGCAAGAAGAGAUGCGGAAACAAGAACAAAAGCAGCGCGCAGAUGCAGAGAGACGAGAAAGGGAGCGGCUAGCGGCAGAGCAAGCCAGACGACAAGCUCAGCAACAAGCCAUUGAACGGAAGCGUCAAGAGGCGGCUAGAAAGGCCGAGCAGCAACGACUGGAUCGUGCUGCAACCGAAGCUGCUCGUCCCUCCUCACGCCUUGGAAACCAACCUGUCGGCCGUUCCUUGAUCAACCAUCCACUGCCCACGAAUGCGGCAAAGCCGGCAAAACGACCUUUGGAAGAGGACCUUGACACAUCACGAGCCCAGACUGUUAAGUAUGCUAUGGGCCCACCUCAGACCGAUGCGAAAAGACGAAAAACUGGCGACGAGGAAAAUUCUGUGGAGCACUCCUUUCGCCCUGUGGUCUCAGGGGCCCCCAUCCGUCAAUCACAACUUGGGAAAAAACCCUCAAUCUUCAGCCAUAACACGUAUACGCAGGCACAGCCAGCUGGGAACCUCGGACAGUUUCCCCAACCCCCGAGUCGUGCUGCUCCUCCUCAGAUGCAGCAAUAUGCCAAUGGAGCCAAGAUUCCUUUUGCCGAUGCUCCCAACCCUCCCACACAUGCAAAGACUCCAGUGUCGAUCAUGCAGCAUAAGACGAUUCAGACCAUCAAGUCGUCUCCCCAGUAUCCUAACGGAGAAGCCAUCCACCUUCCUGAGAUCCCGACGGACUCGGAGGAGGAGGAUUCCGAUGAUGAAGACAACGCAUUCCCUAUUCCAGACUGGGCAACACCAGGACAUCUCACGGAGCAACUCAUUCGGCAAGAAGAAAUGGACGGAGAUGCUGUGUUCGGCCCCGUUGCGCCACUGAAGAUGGAAGAAAUUUUCGCCAAGGGCAACAAAGACCGACUCAAGCGACUUCGAGAUCGAACCAGCAGUGCCAAUUGGGCCAUCAGCGGUGACGGGCUGACGCUGGAAGAAGUAAGGGCAGACCGAGAACAGCGGGAACGCAUGAGAAUAGAAGGUGGCUGGAGAUUCGGUCACUGA